CCGGGAGGAAAUUUUAUCGGACCUGAUGUCAAACAGUCUCGAUGCAUCUGGUAAAGUGGUGAAAGCAGGCCUAGGGGGAAAGGACGACCUUCUGGGUCCUGUUCAAGCCUUUGUCGACAAACUUAAGUUUACUGGCUCUUUCGAGGUGGAGAUAUUCCUGGUCAACAAACGUGACACUAAACUGGAGCAUAUGGUAUCUGCAUGUGUGCUUCCGCAGAGGGAGGAAAAUAUUGAAAAAAUCAACAAGUUGCAGGACGACUUCAAUCAACUCAGUGGUUGCAUCGCCUGUAUCAUGAACGCUCUCGACGACGAGUCUAUACCGCGAUAUUAUGGGAUGAGGGUUCACACGGAACUUGCACCGAAGUUGCUUAGCAUCUGUGAGGAUGCUUUGAACGAGUUGACGUUCGGCUUGCCGCCUAUACCAGCUGCACUACCACCUCCCAUCGUUUCUUCUUCGUCCCUUCCUCCCGCACAAGCGAAGAACGGAUGUUGUAACGACUGGACCUAUGCCUGGGAGUCUCUUCUGUCUCACGUUGCCAGUGGUAUCGCUGAAACUGGCUUCGUGAGGUAUUCUUCAUGGCUUACCGAUAAUGAUCCCAAGCCGCGUGUAAAUACGUAGAGGCCGUUCUACACAUAGCGACAGGAGCGAGCCCAUCAGUAGUAGAACUCGACAAAGUACCCGCAGUCGAAGUAGGGGAGACACCGAGAGGCAGCAGGGGUAUGACAAGAUCUGGUGGAAGCAGGGGCAGGUUAGGCGUGGGCAAUCGCUCGUGGAGGGGUCAGACUGGGAGGAGGCGAAGUACUACCCCGGCUAAAGGAAGAGGCACUGGAGUUGGGAGACGUGCGCAGAGCAAUGGACUUAGAUGAAACGAGUCAUUCUCUGUAAUGUCUGCCUUCGUCUUCCCUCGUUGGCUUUAUUCUCGUCUCAUUGCUAUUCUUGAAUACUGAAUUUUUUAGGUUUCUUUCGUGCAUUCAUCUGAUAAUUUGUAUUCCUAGUGCAUUGUAUAAAUGUUCAAAUUGCCUGUAGUCCCACUAACGUUGAAAUUGUAUGAAUUGUCAUUCAUCUG